AUGCCUAAUACCGGUCCUGCCAGCUCUAUUCCCGAAAGAUUAAACUCAGACGCUACAAGAGAAUUUCUCAGCCAGUAUGGUGCGCCGGGUUCCGACCCGUUCGAGUAUGGAAGUGUCGAUUUCAUGCAACCUGUUCGAGACGGAGACAAAGAUACAGUGGCCAGGUUUAUCGAGAAAACAGACCAGUUCAACCCAUUCUUUGUGUGCGAUAUGGAUGAUGCACUAUCGGAAGCUGCAGCACAUGGCCACGAAGAUAUAGUGCGACUGUUGCUUGAUGAAGGUGUGACACUUGACUCACUCAAGCUGUGUGACCGCUGGGAUGAGGAUAUAACCCGGAGUAAGGGAACAGGUGGAUGGAGGUGUGAAUGCAGAGGGACGGCGCUACAGGAGGCUUCAAACACAGGGGGUGAAAGCCUGGUUUCACUCUUGUUGGAGCGUGGGGCCAACGUGAAUUUUGAGCCGGUCCCCCAUCAAGGAGCAACAGCUUUAGGGGGCGCGGCUAGAGGUGGGCACGCCAGGGUCGUAGCAAGUCUGUUGGCUGCAGGCGCAGAUGUCAACGCCAAACCCGCCGGAGAGGGUAGGACGGCGUUGCAGGCCUCGGCUGAAGGAGGGCAUGCGGAGAUCGUAGCGAUUCUAUUGGCUACAGGUGCUGUUGUCAAUGCCGAACCUGCUCGAUAUGGUGGUAGAACAGCACUACAGGCCGCGGCGGAGGGUGGGUAUGCGCUGAUCGUAAAGAGUUUGUUGGUGGCAGGCGCUAAUGUCAAUGCCGAACCUGGUGAAAAUGAUGGUAAAACAGCGCUGGAGGCUGCGGCGGAGGGUGGGCAUGCGGCGAUCGUAGAGAGUCUGUUGGCAGCAGGCGCUGAUGUCAACGCUAAACCUGGUGGAAACGAUGGCAGAACAGCGCUGCAGGCCGCGGCGGAGGGUGGGCAUGCGGCGAUCGUAAAGAGUCUGUUGGCAGCAGGCGCUGAUGUCAACGCCAAACCUGGUGGAAAUGAUGGUAGAACAGCAUUGCAGGCCGCGGCUGAGGGUGGGCAUGCCGCAAUCGUAAAGAGGCUGUUGGCGGCAGGGGCUGAUGUCAAUGACGAACCUGGUGAAAAUGAUGGUAGAACAGCAUUGCAGGCCGCGGCUGAGGGUGGGCACUCGGCGAUCGUGGCGAGACUUUUGGCUGCAAGCGCUGAUAUCAAUGCCGAACCGGCUCGAUAUGGUGGUAGAACAGCGCUGCAGGCCGCGGCGGAGGGUGGGCAUGCGGUAAUCGUAGAGCAUCUACUAGCGGCAGGCGCUGAUGUCAAUGCCAAACCUGCGCAAAAUGAUGGUAGGACUGCGCUGCAGAUUGCGGCGGAGGGUGGGCAUGCGGCGAUCGUAAAGAGUCUGUUGGCAGCAGGCGCUGAUGUCAACGCCAAACCUGGUGGAAAUGAUGGUAGAACAGCAUUGCAGGCCGCGGCUGAGGGUGGGCAUGCCGCAAUCGUAAAGAGGCUGUUGGCGGCAGGGGCUGAUGUCAAUGACGAACCUGGUGAAAAUGAUGGUAGAACAGCAUUGCAGGCCGCGGCUGAGGGUGGGCACUCGGCGAUCGUGGCGAGACUUUUGGCUGCAAGCGCUGAUAUCAAUGCCGAACCGGCUCGAUAUGGUGGUAGAACAGCGCUGCAGGCCGCGGCGGAGGGUGGGCAUGCGGUAAUCGUAGAGCAUCUACUAGCGGCAGGCGCUGAUGUCAAUGCCAAACCUGCGCAAAAUGAUGGUAGGACUGCGCUGCAGAUUGCGGCGGAGGGUGGGCAUGCGGCGAUCGUAAAGAGUCUGUUGGCAGCAGGCGCUGAUGUCAAUGCUAAACCUGCGCAAAACGAUGGUAGACCAGCGUUGCAGGCCGCGGCGGAGGGUGGGCAUGCGGUAAUCGUAGAGCAACUACUAGCGGCAGGCGCUGAUAUCAAUGCCGAACCGGCUCGAUAUGGUGGUAGAACAGCGCUGCAGGCAGCGGCUGAGGGUGGGCAUGCGGCGAUCGUAGAGGGUCUGUUGGCGGCAGGCGCUAAUGUCAACGCCAAACCUGCGCAAAAGGAUGGCAGAACAGCGCUCCAGGCCGCGGCGGGGGGUGGGCAUGCGGAGGUGGUAGGGGCUCUGUUGGCGGCAGGCGCUGAUGUGAAAGCAAAACCUGGUGGAAAUGAUGGUAGAACAGCGCUACAGGCCGCGGCUGAGGGUGGGCAUGCGGCGAUCAUAGAGAUUCUAUUAGCUGCAGGCGCUGAUGUCAAUGCCGGACCGGCACUCUAUGACGGUAGAACAGCGCUGCAGGCCGCGUCUGAAGGAGGGCAUGCGGCGAUCGUAGCGAGUCUGGUGACUGCAGGCGCAGAUAUCAACGCCGCACCCGCCGGACGUGGUGGUAGAACAGCGCUACAGGCCGCGGCUGAGGGUGGGCAUGCGGUGAUCGUAGAGAUUCUGGUGGCUGCAGGCGCAGAUGUGAACCCCUCUCCCUCAGGUGGUGCCGGUGCCACUGCUCUACUGGCGGCAAUCAGGUGGGGGGAUGUGAAGAUUGUAGCUAGUCUCCUGUCACUAGGAUUAAGGAACGGGUAUGUUGAAGAUCCUGGCGCUUUGCCUAACACGGGUUCACUUGUCCAGCAGAUUUCAGCGCCCAAGGAUACCCUCUCAGCUAUUAAUACAGACCAUCUAAUCUCAAACGUUACAAAACCUAAAAUCCUUCAGUUCUUACUACAGGCAGGUAUAAGCACCUCUGUCCUAUCUAAAGAGGGCUCAAGUCCUUUGCACUAUGCCGUGAAGCAAAGGAACAUUCGGUCCAUCGCACUUCUCCUACUCUCUGGGGUCGACACAAAUAUACGCGAUCAGGAUAAUCUUACCCCUUUCGAUCUUUUACGAGGAAGUGAGAGAUUCUUUCGACCGCAAUGUUUACGAAUAUUCCUCUGGCUAGGCUGCGAGACCAGAGGUCGUCCAAUCCAAUUAUGGCAUCAGGAAUAUAACCAAUACGCACGGAAGUGUUUCUUAACACUGACCGCCCGACCAAUUCCUCAUCCAAGCUGGAUUUCUCCACUUUCCGAGGGACAGCCACAUCCUGCUGCCGGUGGUGAUCAGCUUCAGUCAGGUAAAUUACAAAAGACGUCAAUUCAAAUCACAUCUUUCGACACGCUGCCUAGCGUAGAAUGGGAGGGUCAUAGGAGUCUUCAUCAUUCAGGAAGGGAUAUUCAAGAAAUAUUGCGGAACCCUAGGCAGAUAGUUGUGGCUACCGAGGAGAGACGGUUCUACGCGCUGGGAGAUGUUGGGGCAGGAGGGGGGGUAAUAUGGCGGAACCGGCCUUCCCUCUCAUCUGAAAAUGGAUACCACCGCCCAUUUUUAACCUGCUCUGUAUCUUUUGAUUACUUGCUCCAAAUUGCUGGACAGGAGGCGAAACCGAACGAAAUGGGCAACGCGUUCAAAGUAGCCGCAGCGAAAAGUACAAUAAACUGGACUAUGCGAAAGAGGGCCCCAGAACCGAAUCAAGAGUUCACACCUAUACUACGGACAAUAGAUUUCGUCAGUACAUUAGACAUCGGGUGGGUGCCAGAUGACGCUGUUGAUUUCUUCAACGCCUUCAUGGUUGAUUUACACAAGAAAUGGAGGGUGCUCCUUGAGGAAGCAGACACUCACCUUGAUCACAGCAGACGGAUACUUUUAAAGAAGCAGGGGAAGAGUGCGGGGUUUAUUGAAAUCCUCCUGCUAGAUGCUCAAACAUGGAGUGACUCUCGAUCUCUGUUGCAGACCCAGGUGCGCAGUGCUAGGGACAUCUUAACAGACUUUCGCGAAACAAAAUAUCUUCAAGAUGAGAUUGUCGACCCUCCCGUAUCAUUUGAUAAUUUAUCAGUAACGAUCGACAGAUUGGAAGAGGAAGUGCUUAAGGAGAUUAAGGAUUUAGAUGACAAAACGCAGAAGAUGAUCGAACUUGAGUUCAAUCUAGUCUCGAUCUAUGAAAGUCGUACUUCAAAAGAGAUGGGUAUGAGCAUGAAGCGACUGAGCUGGAUCACGUUCAUUUUCCUGCCUUUGAUGUUUGUUGCGUCAUUGUUUGGGAUGAACGUAGACAUCAUAAGCGGUGGGCCCAAAUGGACGUGGGUGAUCGUCCUCGCGAUUUCCCUGUUUACCGUUGUCAUCCUAGUCUGGAGCUUAUUGAAGCGCUUCCCGGUCGAUGAAUGGAUCCGAGAGCAUAGAGAACAGGCAAAUAGCGCAAAGCUCAAGGGGAAUACCCAACCUAAGUGGUACGGAUGGGGUUUCUGGCGGAAGGAAGCAUGCGAGCAUGAUUUGGAAUUGGGAGAAACGUUCCAGUUUACCCGCCCCCAGAGGCGAUGGACCAUGAAGUUGAAAGAUCAUUAG